CAAAAGAAAAACAUCAAGAUAAGAGCUAUCUACUAGUUCGCAUUGAGGACAUUCUGUAAAGAGUUAUGGAAUGAGCGAGUCAAUAUACGUGCAUACAGCACGCCAAAGAUUCCAGAACUCGCUUCAAUACUAUAGUAAUGGCUAAAGCAAAAAGCCAACCAAAUACACCCUCCGCUGCACCUGAUUCGGUACCUUCAUCGUCCACUAGUUUGCCUACUGUCUCAGAUAACUGCAUCGGAGUCAGUAAUAUUGCUGUAGUGCAACCGAGCCAAGGUACCGCCGUAGAUAAGACCGAUGCUAGUAGCAGUCAUAACAUAUCGAUAUCCUCAAUUAACGAAGAUGAAAAAAAUGACUCGAGUGCCUUCGAGAGCAGUGACAGCGAAUGCGAUGAUGAACAGAUUAAGAAAGCAAUCGAACGCAUUCCAAACUCACUUCAACCGGGCAGUCAGCUAGUACAAAACGGGAUGCUAGUCGUGAAGGAUGACAAUAGUUCGCCAGUUUCGGCCCGAGGGCCCAACAUCGGUAGCAUAGCAGUUCAAAACUCGUCAGACAUAACGUUUGGCAACAAGACCUACAUCAAAGGUCAGGUAGUGAUAAAAAAUAUUUACCACGAUAAACAUAACGGUACCGUCAAUAAUGGCUACAACGAAACAGAUGGGGAGCUUGGUGGUUCAAAACAGAGUAAAGAUACUUCGACCAAGUGCAACAAACCUUCAGCGUGCCGAUAUAGUCUCAAAGUCAUCAUAAGGGAUAAGCCUAUGCUAAGUGUGAUAAUACUAAUAGCCGUAAUGAUCAUCAUCGUUGCACUCAUCAUCGUUGUAUACGUGGCAACGUCAGCAGGUAAUCCUAUUUAUAAGCGAAGCUAUGGCGAUGGAGAUGAUGAUCGGGUGCACGUCCCGCCAGAUACUGGGAUAGAUAACGACUUCUUCCCAGAUGCAAAACCUCUACGAUUAGUGACCCGGAACGAAUGGUUGGCUCAACCGCCGAAAGAAAAGCUAACUCCACUGAAAUUACCAGUUAAUCGUGUCAUCAUUGCACAUACUGCAACGGAAGGCUGUACGACACAGGCACAAUGUAGCUUCAUGACGCAGCGAAUUCAGGAAUUCCACAUGGCUGAAGAUUCGAAAAACUACUCCGACAUUGCGUACAACUUCUUGGUAGGAGGAGACGGUAAUGCGUACGUAGGACGUGAUUGGGAUAAACAAGGAGCUCACACUAAAGGAUUCAACGUGGAUAGUAUCUGCAUAGCGUUUAUUGGAACGUUCACUGACAUACAACCAUCCGUUGUACAGUUGAGUGCAGCCGAACAACUCAUAGCGAUGGGUUUGAAGGAUAACAAGCUAUCCAAACAUUACCGUCUUUACGGUCACAGGCAGUUAGCCCCCUUCGAAAGCCCUGGUCGGAUGUUGUACAAAAUAAUACAAAAAUGGCCACACUGGGCCAGUGAACUAGGGCCCAAUCAUUGGCAGGAAUGAUCUAUUACCAAAUAA